AUGUCUUCGAAUUCGCCAUUUCCAUCUUUGCUUGAUGGCACCCUUAGUCUACCUGUGACACCCCUGAUUAGGGGUGCACUCGAGCACUCCAAAAAGAUCACCAGCCCUACCACGGUCAACCACUGUAUUCGGAGCGCCUACUUUGCUAUACUGUUGUCGCAAAAGCUGGCUCGGAAGGACGCGGAACCAUUGGACGCUGAGUUAAUCGUCUACUCCGUGAUUAUGCAUGACUUAGGGUGGGCAGUCGACAAGUCCCUUCUCUCAAAGGACAAGAGAUUUGAAGUCGACAGCGCCAACAUGGCUCGUACAUAUCUCCAGAGCACCAAGGAAUCCGGAGUCUGGGACAAACACCGAGUUCAACUCGCGUGGGACGCAAUUGCCCUUCAUGCCACACCAUCGUUCUCACAGCACAAAGAGCCUGAAGUAAUGCUUGCAAGCAUGGGCAUUCUGGCCGACUUCCAGGGACAUUUUAUUGCCAACCAGUUGAUCACUGUGGACGAGUUCAAAGCAAUUGUCGGCGCAUUCCCACGACUGGGGUUCAAGGAUCAAUUCAUCGGUAUCAUGUGUGGCUUAUGUGCUUACAAGCCAGAGACGACCUACGAUAAUUUUGUGGGAGAGUGGGGGUGUGAAUUUGGGCUUGAUGGCAAGGGUACAGGCAAGGAGGAAUAUGCGAAAAACCGACUCGCCUCGACCUUUCCUCGCACGCUACUUCCAACACUCAUUGCGCUCGCAGAAUAUGAAAAUGAGGCUCCAGCUGAAUAA